AUGGUCCUCAUUGAGGAGCAUGAGGACGCAGAGCUUCCGAUGCCGGCCACCUUGCAUGAGCUGAUCAGCUCCGACGACGACGGCACACCCGGAAGAGAUGAGCAGCCACAGCCCAACGCAACAGCUCAAGAAGGCCGGAUAUUAGAAAUAUCCUCUGUUGCUCUCAGAUAUUCUCAGACUAUUUGCGCUAUUCGUGGCGAUGGUUUGCUUUCUAGCCAGUGGCAGUGGGCUACACUCAACUCGGAGCUAGUGUUUCAACAUCCGCUUGCCAAACGCAGCGCCCAAUAG